AUGUUUAUGCGGAAUGGCGGUGCCAACAAUGUGUGGAAGAAGGCAACCUCUGCAGCUGCGCAGCGCCACCAUCUGUCGACGGCGGCUGAAAACGGCGUCAAGACGGGCACGGGCACGGGCUUUGGCGCCGCUCCUUCCCGGAAUAACAACCGCUCCCCCUCUUCAUCCGAGGCGAGGGAGAAGCGCGAGUUCCUGAUUUCCGUGCUCGAGUCGUCGGCCACCAAGCGCGAUGCAAAGGCCUACCUGCAGACCUUUGGCGGCUCCACGCUGCUAGCAUCUGUAAAGCCAGCCAGCGCGCCCGCCCUGCCAGUCUUGCACGACGGCAUCAGGCCCCCCAGCACCACGCCGCUUUUUGUGCAAGGCUCCGUGAGCCCGGCCGUGCCUGCCGCUAACGAGAUACCCCAUGUGGCCAUUGUCAAGCUAAGAGACCCCCAGGCCUGGGAAGACGCUCUCCUCGAUGGCGUUGCCAAGACCAUCACCCAGCUGCGCCAUCUGGGCUUGCUGAGCAUCAUCGUCCCGGACUGUGGUGUUGACGAGACUUCAGAACGCUCGGCUGGCCCUAGGUGGCAGACUACCCUCGCCCAGCAAACAGACCGCAUUGUGGAGGCCAUUGGCCGGCAUGGCUCGCCUGGGGCUGAAGUCGUCGACUCGGGGCUGUGGAGAACUGACAACGCCACACCGAACGUCAUUGCUACCUUCUCCUCAACCGUUCAUGUCGGCUUCGGAGAGGUCUUCACCACCCCGAUCAGAUAUGGCCACAUUCCUGUCGUCCCGCCCCGUGCAUAUGCCGAGGAAACGCUCGACUCUGCCGUGGUUGAUUCUGACGAGGUCGUAUUUGCACUCGCCCGCUUUUUCUCCGGAGUUCCACUUGGUACCCAAACAUCGGGAAGCAGAGCCGCAGCAGCCGAGAAUGACCACCGCCCGCCUCAGAGGGCAUCGGUUGACAGGGUUAUUGUCAUAGACCCUUUCGGUGGCAUACCGUCGGGAAGACAGGGCCACGGAACCGAGGUGUUUAUAAAUCUGGAGCAAGAGUUCGGCAACCUUCAAAACUUACUGGCAAACCCCCCGUCUGCGGAUCAGACAGACAGAGAAGCCAGUGCUCCCGGAGCUGCAAGACCCAAGCAUCUGGAAAGUUUAAGGCUAGUCAAGGCUGCUCUUACCAUCCUACCACCGACCGCUUCUGCCCUGAUAACGUCGCCGGCAGAGGCUGCAAACCUGAAAAGACCGGAAGAGAGUGCGAAUGGCGCGAAUGUCGAGCAGUUCGCCUUCGAAGUGAGGACGCGGAGGUGGCACAACCCCCUUAUACACAAUCUUCUCACCGAUCGGCCCGUCUAUUCGUCCUCACUGCCCAUUGGGCGAAUAAAGCCCGCCGGGCACGGCUCAGGGCGUAUGGUGCCCCGCAUGCCGACAACCACUCUUGCAAAGAGGGGGAUGCCGGUAACCAUCUUCCCAGACCCUCGCGCCGGCCCCUGGCAGGCACCGCAUCCCCUGGGUCCCCGGCUGAGAUUGACCGACACGUGCAUCGACCUGCCUAGACUCAUCCACUUGAUCAACGACUCGUUCAGCAGAAAGCUCGACGCCGAACAUUAUUUGCGGAGGGUCGAGGACAGCCUAGCCGGCAUCAUCAUCGCGGGCGAGUACGAGGGCGGCGCCAUCCUCACAUGGGAGCGGCCAUUCGGCAUGGACGAAGAGACGGCCUACAGCUCGGGGCGUCUUGUGCCGUACCUGGACAAGUUUGCCGUGCUCAAAAAGAGCCAGGGCGUGGGAGGGGUUGCGGAUAUAGUCUUCAACGCCAUGGUACGGGACUGCUUCCCAGGAGGCGUGUGCUGGAGGAGCAGGAAGAACAACCCGGUCAACAAGUGGUACUUUGAACGGUCUUCGGGGACGGUGAAGCUUCCCGACAGCAACUGGACCAUGUUUUGGACAACCCCCAACCCGUCCAUGACUGAGCAACUGGUGCAUGACUACGAGGAUGUGUGCCGGAACGUCACGCCCUCGUGGGCAGACACGAAGCAGGCUGACUGA